AUGGGAGAGACUGGGAAUGAGGAGCAGAGACUGGGAAUGAUGGAGCAGAGACUGGGAAUGACGGAGCAGAGACUGGGAAUGAUGGAGCAGAGACUGGGAAUGACGGAGCAGAGACUGGGAAUGACGGAGCAGAGACUGGGAAUGACGGAGCAGAGUCUGGGAAUGACGGAGCAGAGACUGGGAAUGACGGAGCAGAGACUGGGAAUGAUGGAGCAGAGACUGGGAAUGACGGAGCAGAGACUGGGAAUGACGGAGCAGAGACUAGGAAUGACGGAGCAGAGACUGGGAAUGACGGAGCAGAGACUGGGAAUGAUGGAGCAGAGACUGGGAAUGACGGAGCAGAGACUGGGAAUGACGGAGCAGAGACUGGGAAUGAUGGAGCAGAGACUGGGAAUGACGGAGCAGAGACUGGGAAUGACGGAGCAGAGACUAGGAAUGACGGAGCAGAGACUGGGAAUGACGGAGCAGAGACUGGGAAUGAUGGAGCAGAGACUGGGAAUGACGGAGCAGAGACUAGGAAUGACGGAGCAGAGACUGGGAAUGACGGGCAGAGACUGGGAAUGA